ACACGAUUGAAAACGGGCAGCUAUGCCGCGCGGUGCAGAAAACGGGCUGGACGCGUCCGCUUGGAACAACCGGUGCACCGGAGGACUAACCCGGGGACUGCAAGACCGGGACAGGCGUUGACAGCGAGACUUUCCCCGGGGGAUAAACUCCUGCCGAAGCCCGCGGCGGAAAGCAGCGAAGCGAGCGGUCGACGAAUCCGCUGCUUCUCCCCCCUUUCCCUCUCCUCUCCUCUCCUCCUCCUCUGCUCUCGGCGCCGCAAGAGAAACAUCGAGACAUCGGCAAUGUCGCUGCUAAACGUGUAGGAUUUAUCCCCGCUGUCCCAUUGUUUUGUAUCGACUGUAAAUAUAACCGAACAGAGACAUUAAGCGACAGCAGCGGGGUUCACUAUGGUUUUAUCGGCGGUCCGCAAUAGGAGAUGUCUCUGCUGUAUGGGAACGCUAUGCUUGCAGUUGUUGCUGUGGAUUUUAUGCGCGGUGAACGGCGAGGAGCAGCCGUUCAGUGUCGAGGUAAGAACCGGAACCGUUGAAACACACUGCCAAUGCCAAUUAGAACAGGUGCAAUUUGUGAGAGAUGUGAAAUACUACCAACGAAUUUACUUUUUAUGCACCGCACUCAACAGAGACCGCUCUCGUUUUUCUUCUGUCCCCUCCUCGCUCUUUCUGUUUCCAGGUAACGAUUUGUUCCUGGUGGCGGUCCACGAGCUCGGCCACGCACUGGGCCUGGAACACUCCAACGACCCCACGGCCAUCAUGGCUCCUUUCUACCAGUACAUGGACACCGACAACUUCAAACUGCCCAUGGACGACCUGCUGGGCAUCCAGAAGAUUUACGGGCCUCCUGAUAAGCUUCCUCAGCCCACCAAGCCUUUGCCGACGGCGCCCCCUCCACGCUCCCACCCUCCAUCAGACCCCCGUAAGCCAGACAGGCAGACACGACCCCCGAGGCUGCCCCCGGGAGACAGGCCGUCCAACCCCAACGCCAAACCCAACAUCUGCGACGGAGGCUACAACACCCUCGCUAUACUGAGGAGAGAGAUGUUCGUCUUCAAGGACCACUGGUUUUGGCGGGUGAGGGAUAACUCGGUGAUGCCGGGAUACCCCAUGCUCAUCAGUGUUUUCUGGAGAGGCCUCCCGCCCAAGAUAGAUGCCGUCUAUGAGAACAGCGAGGGCAAGUUCGUCUUCUUCAAAGGCAAACAGUUCUGGGUGUUUAAGGACACGGUGUUGCAGUCCGGAUACCCCAAGGACAUCGCCCAGUUCGGCCACGGCAUGCCGGCCCAGAGCAUCGAGACCGCAGUGUGGUGGGAGGAUGUGGCCAAGACCUACUUCUUUAAAGGGGACAGGUACUGGCGUUACAAUGAGGAGAUGAGGACCAUGGACCCCGGCUAUCCCAAGCCCGUCACAGUGUGGAGAGGUGUGCCUGAUUCGCCACAGGGGGCCUUUGUCGACAAAGCCAACGGUUUCACCUACUUCUACAAGGGUAAGGAGUACUGGAAGUUCAACAACCAGUUCCUGCGAGUGGAGCCGGGCUACCCGCGCUCCAUCCUCAAGGACUUCAUGGGCUGCGACUUGACGCCCGUCGAUCCCGCCCGGCCGACGGCCGACGACGGCAACUCGGACGUGGUGAUCGAGCUGGACAACGAGGCGAACACGGUGAAGGCCAUCGCCAUCGUCAUCCCGUGCGUGCUCGCGCUGUGCCUGCUGGUGCUGGUCUACACCGUGGUGCAGUUCAAGAGGAAGGGCACGCCGCGCCACAUACUGUACUGCAAACGCUCCAUGCAGGAGUGGGUCUAAAACGUCGGGUAGAGGCGUGAAGGUGGGAGGGGGAGCGAACUGGAGAGACAGGAUGACAGCCCCCACCUUCACAGAGGAGGACGGUGGACUUUGGACAACGCCACGCGUCCUCCUUUUGGGUGAUCUGAUACCUUCGUUCAGACCCUCAGAACCUGUCGGCGGCCCCUCACACGCAUGGUGGCCCCGGGACCUAAAGUUGACUCCGCUAACCCUCAGCCUUUUUAACAAACAGCGGAGUAGAGGGACAGUGUGUGGGGGAUCUUUGCCUGAUAUGACAGUCAGUCCCAGUAGAAAACAGGAGGAUCAGUAUCACUUUGUAUCUCAGAAACUUGACUUCCUGUCCCCAUUCCUCUUUUAUUUCUUCGCCAGACUGCUCUUAAUCAGGAGGCGGACUCACACAGAGACACUCACUCUUUCCACAGGGCACUGCAUCGUCAUCCGUCAUAUCAGAUUGUUGAUGAAACAACACAUUUAUAUUUUCUCGGUGCCCCGUCGCUUCAUACUGCGCUCAAAAGAUAAACAUGAGUUAAUCACAUUACCAAUCUUCAAUCCCUUUUCUGUAGUUUUUCUUUUCUUUUUUUUUAAAUUUAGAUUUUUUAUUUUAAAUCUUUUGAGUAAGGAGGUCCUCGCCGUUCCCUUUAACACGCUCCUGAGGAAGAGACCAAAUGAAACCAAAUAAAAUCAAUUUCUCUCCAAAGAGGAUUACUUUUUUUUUUUCUUGUUUUUCUUUUUUGUCAUUUCCGUUCAUCCUUUCUUCCCCUCUCUGGAUCCUUGCAGCGAUUAAGAGUCAGAGAGCUCUGACUGUUGUGGCAGUCUGUUUGAGACACAGGGGCCAAAUUAUUCUGCAAUAUUUUAACUCGCCUUAAUUAUAGAUCAUACUACUUGUGCUUGGUUUUUGCUGUUCUUGGACUUGUUUUCUUUUAUUUUUAAAUUUGUAUACCGCUUUUGUCUUUUAUUUGUUGUUUGUAAUUGGUAUUUCAUGGUUUUUAUUACAUUACCCAGAGUUCUCAGCACUGGUUUGCUGAGCCAUUCUGGACAGAAUAUACAGUAGGGUCAGCCUGUAUUGAGAGUAAUGUAUUGUCUCGUAAAAAAGAUGUAGGAAGGUUCUGGAGCAAAGCCACUAUUUUUGUGUUAAGAUAUUUGUUACUGUUACUUUUAUCAUUUCCAUACAACAGAAAUCAGGCUAAUUAUGAGCUUGAGUGCUUGGUAUUGGAUUUGCUGAUGUUAUUCUUUAUGUCCUCAGCCCAUAUUCCCCCUCAGUGUGCAUCCAACAUGGUCAUUCUGAAUGGUUAUUUGUGAAUGGACAGACCAUUUCUUAAAAAGAAUCCUGUUGACUGCCUUGUUUGAGAGAGCUCACAGUUCCCAGAAUGCUCUUGUCUCCUGACUGAGGACCCACAAAGUGAGACACCGAGUCAAGAUCAGUGCCUGUGUCAACGUGCAUGCAAGCAUUUACUGUUCAUCCAACCGGUUCUGCUCAACACGGCUUUGGAACCCCUCAAAAGCUGAGGAAGUUUCCUCUUGAAAAUACUGUUUGCAUUUAUUUUUGUACAUUUUAAGUGUACCCACCCUCCCCCUCCCCUUACCUCCAGGUACAAUUGAAUACAGGAAAAACCUUUAAAAGAUUUAAGUGGUACAUUGUGGAAAUCUUUGGGAGAUCUGAUGGGUAAUUGGCAAAUCAUAUUGGAUUCAGCAAACAUGUAGUGUCCCCGCUGUGACAGCGAGCGGUCUUUGAAUGUGUGUCUUGUUUUCAUGAUCACAUACCGGUUUUUCUUUCUUUCCUGUUUUCUGGUCAAAACAAAUUGGACAUCUCACAAUGACUUCUUUGUGUAAGACUUUGGGACAACGGGGAAACGUGUCCUGACAGAAUGAAUAAAUUGAUCAAUAUAUGAUUAAGAGCUGC